AUGCGCCUUACCAUUUUCAUUCUCUUUGCUGUCAAGCUUAGCUCCGUCCUUGCGUUGCCUAAUCAGAGAUUAGUCCAGCGCUUUGACAUUGCUGCCGCACUGGAAAAGCUGAAUGAAAUCGAGGGCGCUACCUUGCUUGCCAAUCAGGCCAGGAAGGGAGGGAAAGAAGCAAGCAAUGCUACGGCUAAAGCUACACCACCAGCUGCUGCCGAGUCUGCUACUGGUGGAGCUGCUGUAGAAGGGGAUGGGAAGGAAGGAGAAGGAGAAAAUGAAGUUAGAAUCGAGGGAAAGUUCGACACUCCCACAACGCUUCAAGGGGCCAUUGGAGCCUUCGAAUACGAAUUCCAAGCCCCCACCGGCGAUGAGUUAACCGUGACCGAGAACAAAACGCCUCCUCCGCCACCGGCUGGCUUCGUCGCAGUGGAACCAAGCUCGUUUAAGGUCGCUCUUAAGCAGAGUAAAGGUGCGGGGUUGACUCUGUCGAAGAUUGAUUAUAUAUUUGAUCCCACGAGUCCUGCACUCACCAACGUCGACCUUGCUCAAACGCGAGUGGGCAAAUUAUGCAACGUCACCGGUACUUUCGUUGUCGACGAGUCCCUUGGGGAGUUGGAGUUUGAGGCUGAGGAGAACGAAGCAACUUUGAAUUUGAAUAAGCAGGUUACUGCUGAAGGAGAGUGGGGUAUCUUUCUUCCGGUUGGCACUGUAGCGGCCGCGUUUAGCAAGUCGGUGCAGCCUGUGAAUGCCACGGUAAAGGUUUAG